UAUCCUUAUCCUCAACGCAAUCUCCUCAUUCACUGUACUCACCAAGCUUCAUGGAAAAUUCCAAAGUCCUCGUCAUCGGAGGUUCACGAAACAUAGGCUAUUACUCUGCUGUCCGGCUUCUUGCUCUCGGCGCUACCGUUACAUUCCUCCUGCGCUCAUCACAAGUCUUUGAUCAGGAUGACACGAUCCAAAAUUACAUCAAGGAAGGUAAAGCCCGCCUUAUCCAAGGUGAUGCACUCGUGAAGAGCGAUGUCCGCCGGGCAUGGUCUGAGGCUCAGCAUCAACAGGGGGAUGACUCAGAUGCCAAACCAGUCAACUUCCUCAUCUUCACAGUCGGCGGAAUUCCCCAGUUUUCACUAAGGAGGGGCUUCACCGUCACCCCGCCAAACCUUGUUACCCAGUCCCUCCUCAACAUCCUCGAGACUCUCCCAUCUCCGCACCCAAAGAUGAUAACGAUCUCGUCCAUAGGCCUCACGCACGCCUCCCACCAAAUUCUUCCUCUUCUGCUCAAACCAGUCUAUAGCUACCUCCUUUCCGAACCGCACAAAGACAAAUGCGGCGCGGAGGAAGCUAUAACUCAUAGCGCAGGGUGGACUUGGGAUGCAAGAGACAGCCCAGGCAACAAGAUUUCCGGUGUUGAUUGGACGAACCGUAUCCCCAAUCCUGGGGAACUUAAGAGUAUUGUCAUCGUCCGGCCCAUGCUGCUAACUGACGGGGAGUGUCACGCGGACAUAAAAGUGAAAGAAGGGGAUUUGGAGAGCAGUUGGACAGUUUCGAGGAUGGAUGUCGCGUAUUUUCUCGUGGAGGGUGUGGUGAGGCAUUGGCAGGAGUGGGAGGGGAAGUGUGUGAGUGUUGCGUAUUGAUCCCAUUUGGGGGUUGUCGUAUAGAUUCGAUUGUUUCCUUGUGUCCUCUGGACUAUAACUUUUAUUAAUCGAAACGCAUAAUCAUAUCCGCAAUCAUCUACACCUACUCCAUCGUUACAAUCGUCACAAAUAUAAUCAGUCGCUGUCCCCUUAUUGGAUUGUUUAAAAA